AUGGGACCAUCGCCGAGGCGAACGGUCUCAGGCGUUGCAUGGGAUGAGAAGAACGGCUCAUACAUUUACCCAUACGGCAUGAUGUGGAUGUAUCCUUGUGGCGGCAUGCCUACAUCUCAGAACCGAACUAAAUGGCCCGUCAACGGCGGCGCUCUCGCGAUGCAGCCGGGCUGGUUCCCCGGCCACCAGACUGCCCUGAUCUACGUCAAUUUUGGCUUGGGCGAGGUGCCUGAGAACAUGAGUCACCCUGUCGUCUCACCUUUCCAGAUCACCGGCCCAACAAAUGACCCCUACCCUGGCACGAUCUGCCUGCCACAAGUCCCACUGCCGGCCAAUAUCAGUGCGAAAAUCGGUGACAAGGCCACUAUCCAAGUGGUAGAGAUCGCAAAGCAUGGUGCGGCACUGUAUAAUUGCGUCGAUAUCGAAUUCGCCGACCCGCAAGACCCGGAUAUCAAGGAUUCCGUGACUCGCGACAAUUGUUUCAACUCUAGCGAUAUCAGCUUCCAAUAUAUGUACACGACAAGUGGUAUCGGGUCCGGGGCGGCUAUAAUUACGCCUCCGCAGCAGACCUUGCUUGCAUUGCCCUCACCAAUCACCCGGGCGCCAUUGCGCGUUUACGGCGCUAUGAAAAAGGCCAUCUCCAAGUCUCCGGUGGAAAGCCCCCAGGAUUCCUCAGAAAUCACUGGUUUGACGCCUCUUGUCUCGUCGAAAACGACUCAGGACCACUCCUCAACACCAGAAAAGAUCCAGGAACCCUCAAAACAGCUUCCAACUGAGACAACAAAGAUCCACAGCGAAAGCGCUAGCCGUACACCUCCAAAGCCUCCUUCGAAAAAAAGAAGGCGACAGAAGAAACCCUCUGCCCAAAGGAAUGAGGAAGAUCGCUUGGCUUACCUCGAGGGGUUGGAGAUGCGAAAAAAGGACUGCUUCUAUGGCUUUGUGCUGGCCUACAUUGAAAAGUUAAAGUUAUCUGUCCUGAGCAAGCGAGUCUAG